UUUGUAUGUAUGUAUCGUAUAUAUAAAUAAUAUUUCUAAAUGCAUAUAUACAGCUGCGAGCAGUAAAAUAGUAGUGGGUAUUAGAUAGAUAGAUAGAUUUGUAAGGAGGAUACGCACCGCGACCAAUGGUCUAUUGUGUCCGUCGAUUUCUUCACAUUUUCCCAACCACUGGUGUCCUUAUAAAACCCAGUAGGCUAGAAGGGCUGCUUGAUUUGGUGUGAUUAUGCUCCGGCUGAAUGACUCCUGCUUCCACCUUCGCCCCGGUGUUUCUGCUAAUAGCUCUCAGAAGCCACAAGUUUCAUCGGGUCAAAUUCCGAGUCUGUACAUUUGCUUACGUAGCCUGCAAUAUCCUGUAUUCUUAUUAAGUAAUAUUGGUGUAGUAAAAAAGAAUUCCAUUAUUUUUCCAAUAGAAGACGUUAUUUAUCUGUACAUUGCGUUGUACGAGUAUACUUCUAAUUGGGUUCCGCAAGGUGGCGUAAGAAAGAUGACAGUUUUCUGACAAUUUUGUGUUUCGUUGAUUCAGUUUUGGUUGAGCGUGCGUCAAAGAUAGAGACAGAAAAUUCGCUAUAUUUUACACUAUUUCUUCGCUGAGGGUGUGAGGGCAAGUCAAGCAGCUGAAAGUGUGAAGAAGUCAAUUAUGGUCCUGAUAGUGUUACAGUCGAUAACGCAGCGUCAUUCCGGUUAUUUUAAUAUAAAAGAUGCUUCACAGAGUGGUAGGCCAAUUGUCCAAAAUAUCGAUAAAAUCAUGGACAUUGUCAAGUCCGGCCGUCAUGCGAGCACUGUUUCGAUUGUCCAAGAGCUAAGGAUUGCACAGAAAACCGCUUGGACACAUAGGAAUAAAGCUGGAUACCAAAAGUAAAAACUAAAGCCUUCAAUUUUAUGUAAAGAUAAUGGAUUACUUUUAAGUACAUUUAAUAUUAUUAUUAUUUUUUAAAUCUUUUGGUAUUGUAGCCGUUUAUAAGUUUUCUUAAUUGUCUCAUGCCGUCACCAGUAUACCCAGUAUUCCUUCUUAUCUUCUCUUUAAUUGAGUGAGGACAAGAAGAGCUCAGUGUUCCAGUAGAAGAGAUUGAGGAUUCCCAUUCUAUUGGCGUUCUUCGCGUCAUUAUCCUGUUGCAACAUCCAUUUCAAUGGUGUGUCAUCAUCAGCAAAUGGUAACAAUAUUUUCUGAAUUGAGCCCACACCUCUGCAUGAAAAAUAGUCCGAAAAUAUAAUACUAGAACCGCCAUGUUUUAAAGUUUUUACGGUGAAGCUGGGGUCGUACUAUGUAUUAGGAGGCAGUCUUAUAUAUUAUCGGAGGGGAUUAAAAUAAAUUCGUUUUUUCAGAAAUGGGUCGGCAUCAGGAGACACGUUUGAAAUUAUCCACAAACAAAUCAAAAUCAGCCGAAACGGAGCAUAAAGUAGACUCGAAAUUGGCAAAAACAAAUGCGAAUGGGCAAAUAGAAUGUAUAAUCUGCAAAGUUGCCGUGAAAUCGGCUGCACUGUGGAAAGUGCAUGUGAACUCCAAAUUGCAUAAGGAGCGCAUAAUGUUGGUAAAACAGAUAAAAUCGAAUUUCCAAGGUGGUGGCACCGCUGAAGCUGGCGCAAAAGUAUCUACCAACGCCACAAAAACAACGCCAAAAGCGACGGAAAAGCCAACGGGAACUCACACAACAAGGACAACAACAACAAACACGCAGCAAAUGUUAUCAAAAACGUCAACAACAACAACCACAACACCAUUACAGUCGUCAGCGCCAACAGGUCCACUUUCAGCUGCCGCUGCUGCUACAAAUGUGAGUGAAAAAACAAGCGCCACCACCAACAAUAUUGACACACUCUUACCCGAGAAAUUCUUUGAUGAUCCGGUGAAGGAUGCAAAAAUACGUAAUACCGAGUAUAAGGAUCCGCAGGCGGAUGAAUGGGAACGUUUUCAGCGUGAAAUACGUGAAGCUUCCUCGGUGUCGGUGGCCAUAAUAGCCGGUGAGCAAAUCGAAUCUGCUUAUGAUCGUGAUCUCGAAGAGAUCAAUGAUCAAAUGAUCCACUGGUCGAGAUAUAUACACUUGGAGGCGCGCAAGGGCGUACUGCAUGAGAAUAAAGAGCACAAGAUUGAAGCGCAAAGCUCUGAUGGCGACAGUGAAAGUGAUGAUGAGACAGUGACAACAACGGAAUUUUCGGAUUGGCGUUCCAAGGCAUUUAUUUAAGUUUUUUUUUCUGGUUUAACAUAUUACUGUAUGCUAAAAUUGUUAGUUUCCUAAAGAAAUAAAAAAAAACUGUUUUGAAUUAUUUUUAAAAAA